GUUUCUCUCAGAAAAUGUCAUCAGUUCUCUUCAACCGAGAAACACUUAUUGAUCCGAGUUCAUGGAGGUGGAACUUCUCAGAAGCUCGAAACCCUCAAGAACCUUCAAAUGCCUGUGAAGACUGAAGAAGUUCAACCUCCGACUCUGCUCCGCUUCUCGUCGCAUUACCUGUGUUGUUCUUAAACCCUGAAAAUUUUAGGAUGGUGAGUUCCGGAUCCGUUCCUGAGAUGGAUGCCUAGGGUUUCUUACUCAAUUUCGUUUCUUUGCUCGAGAUCCGGUUUCUUUACAGUGGUUUCGAACCUCGAACUGCGAAAAGCAGAGGAUUAGGUUUCUCCGGCGGUUCUUUCCCGGCCUGUGAAGGUUUCAUUUAUUAAAUUAGUGGAAAUGAGCUUGAUCUAGGCUUUGUCUUUGACCAACGUCGAAAUCAUGCUGAAGCAAUUUCUCAGCAGACUUCCUCGGAAGUCAGCCAAAUCUGAUGCUGCUGAUACUGCUGGGAGCAAUUCUGUUAACAAUGCCGCCACUACCGGCAACGGAAUCCAACGUACAAACAGUGGGAACGCUUCCUCAGGCAGGUCAAGUGCUGUUAAAAAGAUGUCUUCUGCCGUUUUCCCAGCAAGUGUCAUCGCUGGAAUUGAACCACUUUUAUCUUUCAAGGACGUUCCGAAUCCAGAGAAGCAAAACUUGUUCAUUAGUAAGCUGAACCUCUGCUGCGUGGUUUUUGACUUCAACGAUCCAAAUAAGAAUACUGCGGAGAAAGAUCUGAAACGUCAAACAUUGAUAGAGCUGGUCGAAUUUGUUGGUUCUGGGUCGGCCAAGUUUAAUGAACCAGCGAUAUCGGCAAUCUGUAAAAUGACUGCCGUUAAUCUUUUUAGGGUUUUUCCUCCUAAUUACCGGUCCAAUUCGACUGGUGGCGAAACUGAAGAUGAAGAACCAAUGUUUGAUCCUGCUUGGUCUCAUCUGCAAAUCGUGUAUGAUUUACUGCUUAGGUUUGUAACUUCUUCUUCACUUGAAACAAAGAUAGCAAAGAAGUACAUAGACCACUCAUUUAUCUUGAGAUUACUUGAGCUGUUUGAUUCGGAGGAUCCAAGAGAAAGAGAUUGUUUGAAGACUAUCCUGCAUAGGAUUUAUGGAAAGUUCAUGGUUCAUAGGCCCUUCAUCCGGAAGACUGUCAGCAAUAUAUUUUACCGUUUUGUCUUUGAAACAGAACGUCAUAAUGGAAUUGCUGAGCUCUUGGAGAUUUUCGGCAGUGUAAUUAGUGGGUUUGCUUUACCACUGAAGGAGGAGCAUAAGAUGUUCUUGUGGAAGGCUCUGAUUCCUCUACACAAGCCAAAAUGCAUGGGUUCUUACCUUCAGCAAUUGUCCUAUUGUGUUACACAGUUUAUAGAGAAGGAGCCCAAAUUGGCAAGUUCAGUGAUAAAGGGGUUGUUGAAAUAUUGGCCUGUAACAAAUAGUCAGAAGGAACUGAUGUUUUUGGGUGAGAUGGAAGAGGUUUUGGAAGUAACAAACAUGGUAGAAUUCCAGAAGAUCAUGGUCCCCUUGUUCCGGAGGAUUCGUUGCUGUCUUAACAGCUCGCAUUUCCAGGUGGCUGAGCGGGCCCUCUUCUUAUGGAACAAUGAGCACAUUGUCAGCUUGAUCGCACAUAACCGGCAACUAAUCCUGCCCCUCGUCUUCCCAGCCCUGGAAAAGAACACCAGGAACCACUGGAACCAGUCGGUUCUCAAUUUGACUGUAAACGUAAGGAAAAUGCUUUCAGAAUUGGAUGAUGAGCUUGUUCUUACAUGCGAAAGCAAGUUGGAGGAAGAAGAAGCAAAUCAAAGGGCAGCAGCAGAAAAGAGGAGGCUGACAUGGGAGCGCUUAGAGAAUGUUGCCAGCAUCCAACCUAUGACAGGGAACACAGCAGUUCUGGUCACACCUGCAACGGCCGCUAUUGCCUGCUAAAUUUUAGUUUAGCGGUGUUUUUCAUUUGAUCUUAGUUAUUUCCUCACUUGCUUUUGUUUUUGGGGCAUCCAGAUGAAAUGUGUUGGUACAGAGCCUUGUUGACAGGAUUGAGGGCUCAGUCCUUGAAUGAGUGCUGCCUGGGGGCAUUGUGAUGACCCAGAGAAACAAUGGAAGGCAGCCCAGGGAAAGAGUCUCUGGUUCUGUCAAUUGAAUGGCGCCCAAUCAUCUUAUAUUCUUAUUAACAGCUAUUCUCACCCUUCAUUGUUUAUGGAUGGGUUGUUGUAAGUUGCAACUCUCUGCUUCAAAAUGGUCUUUCCUUUUCAGGUGGUAAAUGAAAGAGUUAGGAUCUUUUAAUUGCUA